AUGCCUGUCAACCAUGUUGUACUCGCCUCGGGCGCCGUGGUCGCUGUGUCGGUAGCUGUCGCUGCGGCUUUGGCCAUGUAUGAGAAUCCAGAAUUGCGACGAUAUGCAGACGAUAUUCGACGCCGCAUCGCCGUGGCUCUUCACUCACUAGGUGAUGGCAUCAACCCAGCCGAGCGGGCCCCACGCUUCAACAGACCCGAGGAUGCGGAGGGCUUCCUGCAAUCGAGUCGUGGCGUGGGCGCUGAGCCCGGAGUCGACGCUGACGAGGCUACCCGCCGCCGACAGCGAGAGGAAUUGCUGUAUUGGAACUCGGUGCUACUGAAGAAGAAAGAGGAGGAAUCCGCGGCACAACCGCCACCGGCCGCGCUGCCUCCCGCCGAAUCAUCAAGACCCCGGGCGGGAACUCGUGGCUCCUCAUUUGAUGACUUUCUUCGACAAGAUGAGAAUGCGGAACAGGGCACAUACGUCUUCAAUACGGGAGCCGAUAUUCGAGAUGCGAAUAGUGGUCUUCGUCACCGUGUACAAGUUGCGGCGCCGGUGGCAGCGCCUGUAGCAGCGGCAUCUCUCUAUGCCAACCCAUUCGCCGACGAGCACUGCGUCGCAAAUGACGAGGUUGAAGAUGUCUCUGCAACUUAUACCUUCCCCCAAAGCCAAGAGCACAUGUCGGAUAUAUACAGCGCAACCACCCGCGAGAAUGACGACGCCCAAUCCCGCACGCUAGACGGCUCUCCUGCACUUAUUGAACUACCAUCCCCUAAUUUUGGAGCACCAUCACCGCCACCAGCAACUCUCGAGCGACAACUGGCCGAGAAUGAGUACAUGUCUGCCGGUCAGGACGAUAGGGAAGACGCGUACGCCUCCAUUCAGGCCUGGGCUCACGACUCCGGUCGAAAUUUCUACUCACCCCUGCCAGUAACGCCUGUUGCUCCGGUUUCCGAGCCGGAGGUGAUCAGCGACGGACAGCUGACGCCUACGGAUUCGGUGUCGAUUAUCGGAUCAGGGGAGUGUGUGGGCAACGACAACGACACCAGAUCGGGGAGGCCAUUUGACGUCAUCAGUGAAAGCGAGGGCAUGUUGACACCAGCUAGUUGGUCUGAGGUUGGGAGUGUUGUCAGCGAGACUGAAGGCCACGGCCAUCUUGAUGUGAAUACCCCUCUCCACGGGUGA